AUGGCAGCCAUAGACAGGGUCCGAAUCCUGGUGCUUGGAGAUUCUGGUGUUGGUAAAACAUCACUGGUCCAGCUAAUCUGUCACAAUGAAGUCACUGUUGAUCCAAGUUACACCAUUGGAUGCUCUGUGGAUGUUACAGUAAGUAAGCCUUUCUGUUUUUCUGUAGUGCUUUAUUUGUUUUCUCACCUUUCAAUCAUUUCACUCUCACCUCUUGCAUACACUUCUUCAUUUUUUCUCUCUCUCUCUCUCUCUGCUUCUGUCCUAGAACUGAUUUCUCUCUCUGCUUCUGUCCUAGAACUGAUUUCUCUCUCUGCUUCUGUCCUAGAACUGAUUUCUCUCUCUGCUUCUGUCCUAGAACCCAUUUCUCUCUCUGCUUCUGUCCUAGAACCCAUUUCUCUCUCUGCUUCUGUCCUAGAACCCAUUUCUCUCUCUGCUUCUGUCCUAGAACCCAUUUCUCUCUCUGCUUCUGUCCUAGAACCCAUUUCUCUCUCUGCUUCUGUCCUAGAACCCAUUUCUCUCUCUGCUUCUGUCCUAGAACUGAUUUCUCUCUCUGCUUCUGUCCUAGAACCCAUUUCUCUCUCUGCUUCUGUCCUAGAACCCAUUUCUCUCUCUGCUUCUAACCCAUUUUCUCUCUCUGCUUCUGUCCUAGAACCCAUUUCUCUCUCUGCUUCUGUCCUAGAACCCAUUUCUCUCUCUGCUUCUGUCCUAGAACCCAUUUCUCUCUCUGCUUCUGUCCUAGAACCCAUUUCUCUCACUCUCUCUUAUAUUAUAACUCAUUUCUUUCUCUCUUGUCUACUCUAUCCUAUAACAGAUUUCUCUCACUCUCAUCCUAUAACAGAUUUCUCUCACUCUCAUCCUAUAACAGAUUUCUCUCUCUCAUCCUAUAACAGAUUUCUCUCUCUCUCAUCCUAUAACAGAUUUCUCUCUCUCUCAUCCUAUAACAGAUUUCUCUCACUCUCAUCCUAUAACAGAUUUCUCUCUCUCUCAUCCUAUAACAGAUUUCUCUCUCUCUCAUCCUAUAACAGAUUUCUCUCUCUCUCAUCCUAUAACAGCUUUCCUCUCUCUCAUCCUAUAACAGCUUUCCUCUCUCUCUCAUCUAUCCUAUAA